AUGGUGCAACUUUUGGGAUUCACACCCGAGGUGGCUGAGAAGAUCUUCCGCUCCUAUAGCGAACGCCCCGAUCCUAGGAUCAAUCACUAUGAACUUAUUGACUAUGUGAUGAUUCAAAUUCUUCCUCUUAUGCAAUCAAAAUCUGACGCAACUCUUCAGCACGAGCUGGAAAGUGUUGGUCUUAAUCAACAAAUUGUGCGAGCCAUCGCCGACCCAGUGUAUCGCAAAAUUCUUUGGACUCAAGAUCCCUACUAUUGGGUGCUGGAUACAAUCUGA